AUGAGCUCGUUGCUGAGGGAGUGGCUGCACAGCCCUGGCCUGGAGAAGCAGCAGAAUGUGGCCCAGGGGCUGUGGGUCCGCGCUGCAAAGGCUGCAGUGCUGCAAACGGGGCUCCAGCCUGACACGUGUCUCUUGGAGACGUGCUCUCCGCAGAACGGGUGGGGUGACGCUCCCCUGUGCGCACCCACACGGCCCAGCGCCAUCUGGGCACUGCGCUGUCCCCGAGGCCAGCGCUCCGUCACCUCUCGGCCACCAAGCCCUGCUGCUGGGCCCUGCACUGCGGUGCGGUGCUGCCGAGGGCCGCUGACGCUCCCGGCGCGAGAAGCGCUCUGUGUGCGACCGCGGCUCUUGGCCGUGCCGGUGCAGGACUCCGGUGCCGUAGCCGUGCCCGGCCCUGUGCCACGCCGGGGCUGCGCGACCGCGAGGUGGCGGAACUGUCCCGGCACCGCUCGGCUCAGCACCGCAGCGCCGCGCCUCCCGCCCGUGGCUCCUCCGGGAUCUUCCGUUCCCAAUCGCGUCGUGUCGAACCUCUCUGCCCGCGGACGUUCCCUGCAGAUGCUCUCCCCGGGACGUGCGCUGUUAUGUGGUGUGAGGACGCGGGGCACCGACGUCCCUCGCUUCUCCCAUUGUGUCACCCCAACCGGUGACACGGAGGCUCCGGCUGCUCCCUCGGGGUCAGCGCGGGGCACGGGUCCCUUCCAGCCUAACCACGAGGAAGAAUAAAGGGCACAAGCGUGCCUUUAAAUAGCGCGGCGAGGACACGCUCUCCCGAGAGGAACGCUCUGGCCGGGCUGGUGGAACAUGCCAGUGCCAGGGGGGCGGCUCCUGGCCAGGUGCCCACCUCAAGGUCAGGCAUAGCCCAGAGCAGCAGCACGGCACCAGCCUGGGGUUUCAGCGUGCGCAGGGCUGUGGUGGCAGUGGAGCUGGGUGGCACUGCUGCCCACAGCCUCCACUGGCCAGCAAGGGACUCGGCACUGGCACUGCGCCUGAGCUGAUUCAUAUCCUGGACGUGCUGGCAUUUGGAUGGUGUCCACCCAGAGGGUGCGACAACAAGGAUCAGAUCUGACCUGCUGGCCCUGGGCCGGCUUGUUUGUGUGCGAGGCGCACAGUGACCGAGGCAUGGCUGGCAUCACCAAGGGAAGAACGGCAUCCAUGCAAACUCCAAGCCUGGGUUCCCAAACCUGGGUCCAUCCCAGGGACGCAAUGUGUGGCAGGACUGCGGUGUGCAGGGAACGCAGGGCUGGAUGCAGAGCAGCACAUACACAGGAUCCCAGGACCUAAGGUACCUGCAGUGCUGCUCUGCUGGGGGGCUGAGCCCUGCAGAUGGUGGCCACAGGGCCGGGAGAUGGGAGCACAGGCAUGAGCAGCACUGCUUGCUCCCGUCUUGCACAGCCAACACCUGAAUUGUUUAAUAAAGUGUGAAAUUGCUUUCAUGCUCUGCUACCUUUGCAGACACGGACCAUCA